UUUGUACUGCUUCCUAGACUUCCGGGUUUCUCAGAACUGGGUUCGCCGCUGAAGCCCUAAAGCUGUGGCUUCCUUUAAACUCACUUUCUCUGGAUUAAAAGUUUAAGGAAGCGGGGGAGUUUAGUAUGCCUAUAUAUAUAUAUGCGCCUAUAUUUCGCUAGUGUUUAGUCCUGAGUGAUAAGUUUAUUAGUUUAUUAGUUUUAUACCCCCACCAGUGCACCCCGCUGCCAAGUGGGUUAGACAGCAUGAAGCUGCGGUUCUUCGAGUCGUUAACGUUAGUGGUUUAGUUCCCAGGUUUGUUUUGUUACUGGUCUGUAAGAGGGUGUGUGUGAAAUCCCCGGAGAACAAACCGGUUCAGUUUCAAUGCUGUUGGAGACCCGAGUCGCUGAUUAGCCGCAGAGCUUUUGUGAGCAGAACCACAGCUGCUGAGACUGAGGUGGUAGUCACCAUUCUUGUUGAAACAGCAACAUGCCUAUUCCUCCACCACCGCCACCUGGACCUCCGCCUCCCCCUGCCUUCAGCCAGGCAAACGCUAGCGCGCCCAAGCUGCCACGUGAUGAAGCUAAAGGAAGAGGAGCGCUGUUGUCAGACAUAUGCAAAGGGGCCAAGCUGAAAAAAGUCGCAAACGCCAAUGACCGCAGCGCACCUAUUAUUGAGAAAUCUGGAGGGGGUGGAGGCGGCAGCAGUAGUGGAGGAGGAAGUGGAGGGGGCUUUGGUGGCGGUUCUGGACCAAUGCCAAUGGGAGGCCUGUUUAGUGGAGGAGUGCCUAAACUUCGUCCAGUGGGAGACGGCACCGCUGGCAGAGCAGCACUGCGGCCUCCGGGUUCUCGUCCUGCUGUGCCUCGUCCUACGAGCCAACAAGCCAAUGAUGAGCGCUCCUCACCCCCUGCGCAGUCGAGGAAUCCUCGUCCUUCUCUACCUGACAUUUCGAAACCGGGUGGCGGCGGCACUACGAAACCCAACAGCUCAGCCCCUCCUCCCCCUCCGCCGUUCAAUCGACGUGGUAAUAACCCUCCUCCCAGCAACAGUCCAAGCUCUGGCCGCUCUUAUGGGCUAGAGAAGCCCCACCCACCACCGAGUGGGAACAGAGCCCCUCCUCCCCCCUCAUCCGCACGUGAUAUCCUGGCAAAAUCUCAUUCUCGCUCUUCAUCUGCGCUUUCUUCAAAUCUACCACCCCCUCCCCCUUACCGACAGCCCCCUUCAGUGGCAAACGGUGAUCCACCCCCUGAGUUGCCACAGAGGCGGAACUCGCUUAACAGGAGAUCCAACGGGCACGCUCGUAGCCAAGGCCAACCCCCACCACCGCCCGCACCCCAACAAAGCAGCCGACCGCCACCGCCAGCUCGAGACCCUCCAGGACGCCGACCAGCCACCCAGGCUCCCCCCCUUACAUCCCGGAACGGGACUCGUGAUGCACCCCCCCCUCCUCCUCCUCCCCCAGCCCGCAUGCAAAGUAGUAGCGCUCAAAAUUCUCACGAGAGCCGAGGGAGGCCUCCACCAGUCAUCUCUUCCAGUCGCCAACCCUCAUCACAUCCACCUCCACCUCCACCCAUGCGCAACGGACAUACAUCUGCCUCUCGGGCUUUCACUGAUGAGUUUGAGUCCAAGUACUCCUUCCAUCCUGUUGAGGACCUGCCGCCCCCAGAAGAGUACCGACAGUUCGCAAAAAUCUAUCCGAGUAAAAACAAUAAAGCUAAUAUACGAGGAGCUCCCCCUGCGCCACCUGUCGGGAGAUGAUCUGCACUCGGAGAGGAAAACGGCUAAACCUUUUGAAUCUGAUUAUUCACACACACACACAUGCACACACACGCACUCACACACACACUAUCACAGCUGGAUCAGAGACCAGAAGCUGUCUUUAGCAGAAUGCAAAAAUGAAACUUUACCUGGCUAACUGAAAUAUUCUCAGGUGAAGAGGAUUUAGGCCAUUAGUUAAAAUAAUAUUAUUAAUAAUAAUAAUAUUUUUAUAUAUAUAUAUAUAUAUAUAUAAAAGAAGGUGACCAAACUUUUGCACAUAUGUUUGAAUUAUUUAGCAUUUACAAAUAAAUAGCAACUUUGUAUUUGCGACUAAAUCGUAACUAUGCAUUGCAAGUGAAAGACACUUUUCCAUACAUCUACGAUAAAAUGAAUGUUUUAAGCACACUACAUGAUGUCUAAACAGCUCCAGCCUGACGUACCUCUAGACCAGAGAACACCGUGCAGUGUCAUGGUCCUGAUCAAUUCAUAUGUACUAUCGCUCUUCACGGAGUGUUAAGAGGACAAGAGAGAUAUUAUAAUAUGCAUUCCACAUUAUCUGUGAGACACAUACCAAGCAUGGUACCAUUUUUGUAGCACUUGUUGAUCAUGAUUAACGCUAUUAGGAUGAAAGGAGAGAUUACAUAAGGCAAUCAGUAGACAAUCAUUGCAUUGUGAUGCAUAAAGAUUGACUUGUUUGUCAAAAGAAUUGAAAAAAGGAUUACUCUCAUAGCCUGUUUCCCCCAAAAGGGAUCCAUUGUUUCAUUAUUAGAUCAGAUUUUAUAACUUAAAAAUAAUAAUAAUAAUUUUUUUUUAGUGUUGAUGAUUGGGCUAUACGAUUUUUAAUUGUGCAAACCAUUACCUUUAAACUUGAUCUGUGAACAGUGUAUUAAUGUGCAUGAAUAUUUGAGCAGCCAUUCGGUUUACUCUGCAGCUAAAGUGGCUCUCCGGAAACUGUGCAAACGCAUUCUUUCUGUCUGUGAAAAGGGAUCCUAUUAUUAUUAUUAUUAUUAUUAUUAUUAUUAGUUUUUAAAUGAUGUGCAUGUCUUAAACUUGGCAGAUCGUUAAACUAACCACUUCUUCAUAACUGACCAAAAAAUACACAAAGUGCCACUAAGCCCACAGUAUUUCCAGUAGGCUUCGCCAGGUUUGUGCGAAGGACCUGAUUGUGUACGUGUGGUGCAAACUGUGCUGCUGAGAAUACAAGUCUUCUCCGUUCAUUAUCUUGGAUUACUUUGAUUGACAUAUAAUGCUCAAGCAGAUUUGACUGUUCCAAUCUGUCACUAAUUUCCUGGUACCAGUGCUCUUUUU